AUGAGAAAAAUGGAAGUUGGGGACCUGUCUGUUAAGACGCUUAACUACCUCUCCCGCUCCUUGGACAAACCAACCUUGAACUCCUGGGAGGAUCUUAUGUGGAGUCAAACCUUUGGCUCCACGAUUUAUUCAACCCAAGGUACGGAGAAAAUAAGACUGAAAAGUAGCCACGUGCACCCGGCGGAGGCUUUAAUACUCGACCUCGCAAAUCGAAAAAUACCAUUGGAAGACCUGAUGAGCGGUCUCAGAGAAAUUGGGAACGAGGAGGCAAUUUCGAUCAUUGAACAUCGGGAGAAAUGGUCGGAAGGUAAGUUGUAGUCAUCGGUCGUCAUCGCAUGGGUUGAAACAUAUCUGUGGAAAUGUUUGGUUUAAUUUCGGAUUUUGAUAGAAUCUCUUCAUAAAGUUUAAGUCCGACGUUUACUCAAAAUAAAGAGUUACCUGCUUUUGGCGCUAAAAUAGAAGUACAUGUCGACGUACCAUGAAAGAACUAAAAGAAAAUAAAAUAUAGCUGAAAUAAAUUUAGUUUCUGAAAAUAGAGAACUUGAAAAAAAAUGGCUCAGCUCUUUCUACAAAGGCAGCUUGGUUUAUCGGUUAUAUCAGUUUUCACAGCCCGAGCUUUUCUCCUCAUCCAGCCAUGUAAAGGACCAACUGGCAAUUAAAUGUACUGUUCCAAAAUCUUUGUGUGAUACAUGUAUGUCUAUAGUAAUGCCCAAUCCUCGAUUGUGUCUAUAACGCGUACGGAAGGAUAUUAACUGCAAUGACUGUUUUUUUAAGUUAUUUUAACUUACAGUCUUACAGUCCAGUUUCUUGUUGAGGGUCUCCAACUGGGUCUCGAUUAAGCUUGAUUUCUGCCGCUCUUUCUGCCCUCCCCUAGAAGAGAGUCUGUUCUCGUGAUGAGGAGUGCGGGGUUAUUUUUCGAACAGCGACUGGUAAUCAAGCCUAAAUCCCGACCAUGCAGUUCGAGAAGAAAGUAUGCAACUUGCGUCAUGUUAACUGAAUGAAAAUGAUUUAUUUUAUUAAUUGAAUAAAGCCAACUUUCCCUUCUGGAAAUUCGUUCUCUUUCCGAAUUCCGUAGCCCUGUUUCCUUUCUCCAUCCAAAUCUCCAAUUCCGACCAAUUAAGGUAACUCCCAGACACUGAACAGAAAACCUUAUCGGAGACCCUCUUUAAUGUCAUUCCUAGAAACGAUGAGCAAUAGCUUCAGCCCCCAAGACUCUGGUGGACGACGGCCUCCUCCACUCUCCAUACCGCGACAACCAGAAGAAGUAUUUGCUAUUCUGCCAGUCUACCCACUUUGGCUGUUUUGUUGUACCAACAACAGAAAUAUAUGAAAUGAAUAUUGCUGUGUUCAAAUUAAAUUUUGUAAUAUAAUUAAGCUUUCAUUAUGUUCUAUAGAUAUUGGAUAGCUUAUAAUUUAUCACUUAAAAUUAUAAGGUCAUGGUAUGAUAUGCUUAAGUGGUGCAGGCGACUGUACAUGCGAGUAAUAUAGAAUAGAAGUGAUGACGUCACCAAAACUAAAUUUGUGAAAUCAAGGGAUGGCUUGGCUCAUCCAGGGAGAACACUAUGAAAUAUGUUCACUUGCCAAAAGUGAGCCUGUUCAUCUUCAAAUUGGUGCGAGCAAGCGUCUCCUUUCGUUUGCUUCUCGCACGUGUACUCUUCACGUGUACUUUUCACGUAAAUGGAGAGCUUGCUGGCAGAUUAAGUACUUUUAUGCUCCAAUAUGAUCCAGACCUAUCUUAUAAGGAUUUAUAAGGAGUCAUCAGAGCAUAAUAGUACUUAUAUCUCCCCGCCAAUUUGCAAUAACAGACUCAUUUUUAUCCUGUUCUAGGGUCCAAGAUAAUCGUGUCAGCGGAAUUGAGAAAGCAUGAACACGAAAACAAAACAGUAGGAAACUGGGAAAAGGAAGGGCGGCUUCCUUUGAUCAUUAUACGUUUCUGGGAAACUGCCUACCUACCCCUCCCCUACGCCAACAAUUCGCCCUAAGUAAAAAAUAAGUGUUAAUUUUAGCUUAAGGGAGGGGUAGGUGAUCAGUUUCCCAGAAACGUUUAAUGAUCUUUUUUUCCACUCCCGCCUCCUUUUUGCAGAUCACGCGCUCAUGUUUUCUAGUCCCUUUCACUUAGACGUCAUCCAUCCCUGAGCUAACCUGGAACUGGCUAGCUCAUUUUUGACAAGUGAACAUAUUUCAUCAUGUUCUUUAUUUCUUUCAUUCUUUUCUAUCCCAAAAUUUCACAAAUUUGAAUUUUCGUUACGUCACACUUCUCUUCUUUUUUUUGAAUAGUGGUUAUGAGUAAUUUAGUUUUACUCUUAAAACUCGUAAUUGCAAGCUAUAUGUUAUUCUCACGUUGAAGGUGGUUUCUAACUAACUAACUAACUGUAUUUGUGGUAGUACACUGGAGUGCUUUGACGACUGGCGAUGCGGUCAUAUGUUUCGCCUUGUGCCUGUUUUCAGGCACAAGGCGAAACAUAUUACCUUUUUCUGCCAAUAAAUCACUGUGAAUAUGGAUCAACCCAUCAUUACACUUAGAUCUGGACUAGGUUAAGGCGGAUGGAACGUGAUUUUUCGCGAUUUAGUGUAAGAAACGUAUUUUUUUUUUUAUGAUUUUGGAGGGGCCGACUGUUCGAUAUUUCAAUCAUAUCACUAUAUGUCUAGCUAUCAUUGUUCUUAGAAAUGGACUAGUUUUAGGCAAGGAACAAGAAAUUGAUAUAGGGAACGUAUUUUCAUGUUUCUUCGAGUAGCUAUAGUACUCGAUAUUUUAUUGAUCAAUCAAGACGUCGAUAGUGGGGAAGGGGGAGGAGAAACGGUGCAAAGUUGAGGUCGAGGGUUGUUGGAUGAAGCGGUUUGUAGUUUAGGUUCCGAUAAAACCUAUUGUAUUUUAAAUGAUAUUACGACUUAGGGUCUUUAUGAUAAUGGUGAUGAGUGACAUAUCGAGAAAGUAAAAGUCAAUUAGUAGUAGUCAAUUAUCACAAUUUAAAGAAAAACGCAAUGUAUCAGUCAAGUCGAUGAAUUCCUAUUCACCGUGUGCACCAAACAUUGCAUUGAUGUCAGAAUAGCUCCGUACGGCUGAGGAGAGAGUCGGUUAACGCGAAACGAGAGUUGCUGCGCGCCCAGAGGCAAGCAACCCAAACGCCAAUCGAAUAUCUCUGUUAUCUAAUCAAGUGAGGUGGUUACGGAAAUUCAGUCAAACUUAAGACAAGCAGCUUUGGCUAGCCCCUCAAAGUACGCCUGCAUUUACAUGUAUUCAGGCUAUGGGUAAACGAAAGUGAAUCGAUACGGCUACUUUAACUAGUCAUCUGGAUAGUAUGAAAUUUUAGUACAUUUUGCAUUAUAAGAAUGAGUCAUUUAGGUAAAGUAAGCAAGAAAAAGUGAUCAUGAUAAAAAGCGAGAUAAAAUGUUCUAUCAAAAAAGUACAGAAUUUCGAACGGAACCGCUAUAAAAAUCAAGAAAAAGCAAACGCCCUCAGACUGUAACGAUCAAAAAAGAAAAAUCAACUCAGGGGCCCAAAUGAACUCAUCAACUCCCUCUUGUUGAUUUGUACAAAGUUUAUCCAAAUGUGCGUUGAAAAUGGUACGAAAUACCAGACGUUUCGAGGUUUCUCCCUCUUCCUCAGUGGUUUAAAGCAACUCCCUCAUGUUGUUCACCUUUCUCUAUGCCUAGUAAUUUGUCUGCGUUCGUUGUGACUGGCCAAUUCAAACCACUUUGGUUUUGUUUUGGCGACGGUCAAUUCUGAUGGCUAAGAGUAUAUUUGCCAGAAUCUGAUAUACGCACUGGUUAAUCCUUAGAUUUAUAAACAAAGGAAGGGUCCAAAUUUCUGUAAUUUAAAGAAAAGGGGCUUCACAAAUUAGUUAAAUAUCUGCUAGUUAGACUAGUUCGUGUCAGUUUAUCUAUUUUUUAGUUAUUUAUUUAUUAAAAUCACUCUCGACAAUUUAAUAGUCAUCCUUUAUAAAGUAAUAAAGAUAGUACGCUCCCUCUGAUUUCUGAUGGGUCGAGGGUCGUGUUUGUCGUGUUUGCAUGAGAGUAUGUAAGCAUGGUCGUGACGUCAAGAUGUUUUAAUUUGCUUUCGCGCACUAAUCACGCAAGAACGAAUUUGAACAUUCUCAUCCCCAGAGCCACUCGGCUUACUUUGCAACCGAACAGUGACAACCGGAGACCAAAAGAAACAAAGGGCUCUGGAGACGAGAAUGGAAUUUGAAAAAGGUUUUGAGUUGAAAACUCGACAAGUUUACUUUAUUUAACCAAUUCCUCGUUGGCCGACACUCAAAAAAUCUUAAGAAACGUGCUGCGUUAAUUUUUUUUGCUCAAGCUGACAAUUUAAGCAAGAAAAAUCCAUAUUUUGGUAGGCAUCUUUUUCGCAAAACAAGAACAUUGUCCUCAACCCCCCUUGAGGGGUUGAGAGAAUGACUUGAUCGUUAUGCAAUCCUCGACUUCGUCUCGGGUUUGCAUAACCGUGUCAAAUUCUCCCAUCCCCUCUCGUGUUUAUAUGAGGCUAUGCAAACACGGAAAACGUUUUCUAUUACUUAGGCCCUGUUCGCAAAACGACAAAAAUAGAGUUGGUCGUUUUCAAAAAUGAAAUUUGAAAAUGCUAGUUUUUACCAAUUUGUCUUUUUUUUCACCUGACGCACGAACGUUUUCAUGUAACCAAAAACGUCAUUAAAUAAAGGAACUUUAAUUGGUCAUGUUAGCCCGAAAUAAGAUGAUUCGACGAGGGAUAGCUGUCAAGGAACAAAGGAUUUUGUCGACUGUCAAAAAAUUUGUGGGACUCCAAACUUUCUCGACGGCAUUUCUGAAGUUUGUUGACACUUGAGAAAAUUGGCAGGCGAAAACAAUAAUUCGCACUAAAAAAGAGGGUCUGAAAUGGCUUGCGUAUUGCGAUCAGGGCCUUAAAUAAGUUCUUUGUCGCUAAAGCGAGGUUAGGUGAUUAUUAGAAAGAUUAAGAGUCACGUUUACGACAAACGGCAAACUUCAGAUUCAAGAUGAGAAUUUCUCAGAAUAGAAAAUAAGCAGAUAAAAACUGUUCAGAACAAUUCUUAUGGGUAAAACUGGCAUGAAACUGCUUAUUUUUUAGUAGAAGUAAUAAACAGUAAACAACAAUAAAGGAGAAAUCCUGGUCACGUGGUACAAAUUCACGUUUGCUAUUUGGCGUAAACGUGGCUCUUAAUCUCUCUAUUUUCUUUCUUUUUCGCUUCAGAACGGCUCUUCGGCUUCGUUGUCAUAUGCCAGAUGUGCCUCUUCAGUAAAGACAGAAGGCGAAACAUAUCCUGUUCAGGAAUCAGCAGGAAUCAAGGAAGACCGUUCGUGCAAUCCGGAUCGACUCCAAGAAAACACGGGAAAGAUCUUCAGCUAUUUCUCCUCUUGCCUUGGAUGGUUGGGCCGCCCAAAAGAUUAUAGUAAUAUUUAGGCCAAUGACAAAAGUGCCCUGUCGACAUUUUAUAUCAGUGACUUGAGGCAACAUUAUGGAAUAGACGUCAAUACAAGCGUUAAUUUCAAAAUCAUCAUGAUUUUAAAAUUAGUUAUGGGUUAAACUUACACCGACAGUUAACUUUUAUGCGUUCUUUUAAAGUGUUUUAACAGGAGUACCCAACGACUAUUUUUUUUUUUUUUUAAUUAGUGUAGAUUGUGUCAAAUUUAAUGUGUAACGAGCUAAGAAAGGAGCUCAGAUAUCCUGGCCUCACGUCUUAAGCUUUGUAAAGUAAGGAAUGAAUAGGUGAUCGCUCUAGAAGACAGAUUAAAAAAUAGAUCAAAAAGGUGAA